UCGCACCGAAGGGUUUUUUUCUUCCUCCUCGGAGUGUGCAGCUCUUCCUCCGAUGCAUUGUUGAAAUCCUGCGAAAGACACAUCGGGGCUUCGCGUCUUCUGGAUUCUGUGAUCUGGAUCCGGUUGGGGACCGCAGACAGCAGAUAUGACGGAGCAAGCUGGCAGAAGACCUUCGCCAACACAUAGUACUACAUCGAUAAGUAAAAGGUGUUUUUCACUGAUUCGUUUCCACCAGAGAAUCCGAGUCACAGCAUCAAGGACGCGGAGAACCAGGGCUCCUGAUUCAUUACACAAAGAUGUAGUGUUUGUGUGUUGAUGUGAUUGGCAGACCAUCAUGCACCUCUUCCUGCUGCUGAUACUCCAUGUGACAGCAGCCAAUGGACAGAUAGACCCCGCACACUGUCGCUAUGCCCUUGGCAUGGAAGAUGGCCGAAUACAAGAUGAUGACAUCACAGCAUCCAGCCAAUGGUACGAGACCACAGGCCCACAGUACGCCAGGUUGAACCGGGAGGAGGGAGAAGGUGCCUGGUGUCCUGAAGGACAACUUGAGCCUUCGGACAACCAGUAUCUACAGGUGGACUUGGGCCGGCUGACCUUCCUGACCGUGGUGGGGACUCAGGGUCGCUACGCCCGCCGCAACGGGAACGAGUUUGCCCGCGCCUACCGCCUCAACUACAGCCGAGACGGCGAGCUAUGGCGGUCGUGGAGGAACAGACUGGGAAACAGGGUGGUGGAGGCCAAUAACAAUGCCUACACCUCCAUUAUUAAAGACCUCCACCCACCGAUCAUCACGCGCUACGUACGCCUCAUCCCGGUCACCAAACUGUCCACCACUGUCUGCAUGAGGGUGGAGCUCUACGGCUGUCCAUGGGAGGAUGGUCUGAUAUCUUACAGUGCUCCAGAGGGGCAGGUCAUGAUGCCUCCAGGAUUUCCCACAGCCAGCCUCAACGACUCCACCUACGACGGCGUGCACGAGCGGAGGAGGCUGUCUGGUGGGCUUGGCCAGCUGACAGAUGGUGUGAUUGGCCAGGAUGACUUCCUGUUGACACGUCAGUACCACGUAUGGCCAGGCUAUGACUACCUUGGCUGGAGGAACGACUCACUGGGAACUCUGGAAUACGUGGAGCUGGAGUUUGUCUUUGAUAGACCAAGGAACUUCACUUCUCUGAAGGUUCACUGCAACAACAUGUUCUCCAAAGGCGUUAAGAUCUUCUCCUCGGUCUCCUGUUGGUUCAAGCCCCGCCUCAUCGCGGGCUGGGAGGCGGAGCCGGUGGACUUCAGCACGGUGCUGGACGACAGGAACCCCAGUGCGCGGUACGUCACCGUGCCGUUGAACCGCCGCACCGCCAAAGCCCUGCGUUGCCGCUUCCGCUUCGCCGACGUCUGGAUGAUGUUCAGCGAGAUCUCCUUUCAGUCCGAGGACACCAUCCUACCAACCCAGAUGACCCCGGUGGGGACCUCCCCCUGGUCCAAUGAGCACAGCACCGUGGCAGCCACGGACAACACUACAGCUAACCCCUCACCCAGUGACCAGCCAGAUGACGGGAACACCCCCAUUCUGAUUGGCUGCCUGGUGACCAUUAUCCUGCUGUUGGUUGUCAUCAUCUUCCUCAUCCUCUGGUGCCAGUAUGUCUGCAAGGUGCUGGAGAAGGCCCCUCGUCGAAUCCUGGAGGAGGAAGUGACUGUCCGUCUGUCUUCUUGCAGCGACACCAUCAUACUCCAGACCCCCCCUGUGCCCCCGCGCUCUGGCCCCGCCCCCACAGGCUCGGCCCACACUGACCCUCACUAUGAGAGAGUGUUCCUUUUGGAUCCGCAGUACCAGAAUCCGGCCGUGCUCCGGAACAAACUACCAGAACUCUCACAGAGCGCUGAGGCCUCGGCAUGCGGAGGAGGCUACGCCGAGCCGGACGUCACCCAGUGCACCCCCCACCAGUGUUUCCAUAGCAACGCACCCCAUUACGCCGAGACGGACAUCGUGCGGUUGCAGGGCGUCACCGGUAGCAACAUGUACGCCGUGCCCGCCCUCACCGUCGACUCCCUCACCAGGAAGGACAUCUCCGCUGCUGAGUUCCCACGGCAACGGCUGGUGUUCCGCGAGAAGCUGGGGGAGGGGCAGUUCGGAGAGGUCCAUCUGUGUGAGGCCGAGGGUCUCCCAGAAUUCCUUGGGGAGGGCUCCCCCCUCCCUGACAGAGAUGGCCGACCUGUGCUGGUCGCUGUCAAACAACUGAGGGCCGACGCCACCAGCCAAGCCAGAAACGACUUUCUGAAAGAGAUAAAGAUCAUGUCUCGACUGAACGACGCCAACAUCAUCCGGCUGCUGUGCGUGUGUGUGUCGUCUGAUCCGCUGUGCAUGGUCACCGAGUACAUGGAGAACGGUGACCUCAACAUGUUCCUGUCCCAGAGGGAGAUAGAGAGCACGCUAACACAUGCUAAUAACAUACCAUCCGUCAGUCUGUCAGACCUGCUCCACAUGUCUGUCCAGAUCUCCUCUGGGAUGCGGUACCUGGCAUCUCUGAACUUUGUGCAUCGUGACCUGGCCACCAGGAACUGUCUGCUGGACCGUCGCCUCACCAUCAAGAUUGCCGACUUCGGGAUGAGCCGGAACCUUUACAGCAGCGACUACUACCGGAUCCAGGGCCGUGCCGUCCUGCCCAUCCGCUGGAUGUCCUGGGAGAGCAUCCUGCUGGGUAAGUUCACCACGGCCAGUGACGUGUGGGCGUUUGGCGUGACCCUCUGGGAGAUCUUCACUCUGUGUAAGGAGCAGCCGUACAGUCUGCUGUCAGACGAACAGGUCAUAGAGAACACUGGCGAGUUCUUCAGGAACCAGGGCAGACAGAUCUUCCUGUAUGCACCUCCCCUCUGCCCCCCCUCUCUCUUCGAGCUGAUGAUGCGUUGUUGGAGCCGUGACAUCGCCGACCGGCCCACCUUUGAGGGGUUGUACCGAGCCCUGAGGCCCCACGUCAACCAAUGAGCUGUGGCUGUGGGAAUGUACCAGCGGGGCAUUUUAUUCGGGGGGGGGGGGGGAGGAGGAGGAGUGGUAUUCAAUCUCUGGAUUGGUGUAAAUGACAGACUGACUGAUAGACAGACAGACAGGCAGACGGAGGAAUGGUGUUAAACUAGGGAGUCGUUCUCGGAGGGAGGACGAGGAGAUGGACAGAGCUGCGAGAAAGCGGGGAGAGAGAGUCGUUUUGUUCCUUCAACGAGAGCGGCAGGUCUUCUUUUUUCGGAGAGGCGGACACGACGUCCGGUCAGCGUUUUCGAAAAUCACGCCGCCCGUUUCUCCUCUCUCGAGAUUUCAUUGACACUUCGAACCCUCUUCCCCCCCCUCUUUCUGUUCGAACCUUUUCCCCCCGGGCUCUGCCAAACGACGUCUCCGACGGACGCCGUCUUCCUCUGAGACCUCCGCGUCUUUCAGCUCCUCUUCGUCUUGAUGGUCCUCGUGGUCUUUCCCUGCCCGAAGGUUUCCUCCACUUCCUCCGCUUCCUGUUCGGCGUCGGAGGACGCCAGCAGCUGUCCUGUCCCUGUGGUUUUUACUUUCAUUGUAAAGCACUGUGUUUGUCCGUGUCUCAGUUAUUCAUGUUCCUAUUUUAACCCACACUGGAGAAAGGAAGGAAGGGGCGAGGGUCAACUUGUAUUGUAGGUUUUUUGUUUUUUAAACUUUAAUUCUGUUUUAUUGUUAUUUUUCCUGGUUUGUAAUAUUUUAUGUUCAUGGUCCAUGUUUUUUAGAGAUAGGAAUGUUGUACAGCUUCGUUUGACAGCGCGGUGCCGAGAGCCCUGCGUGGUGGACAGACUAAUGGACAGACUAAUGGACAGACUGGUGGACAGACUGAUGGACAGACUGGCAUCCGGUCGGCGGUUUGAGCUGUGGGUAGUUUGGUUAAGAAUCACUGUUUGUGGUAUGUUGUAUUCAAAUGAUAAAAAAAAGAGAAUAUUUCAACCAAAAGAGAGAGACGAUUGUCUUCAAAACAGUUGGACAGACACCGUUACGGUCCAUUUGUAGAAUUCACUUUGUAAGUUGAAUUGUUGGUCAUUUGGAGAAGACCGUUGCCAUUAACAUCCUCUGUUUGAUGCCUUGACUCAAAGUGCCCAAAGACACCCGGGGAACCGAUUCAGGGUCGACGGAGCUGCAGCGCCGUCACAAAGUGGAAAAGCGUCCCUUUUCCUACUGCCGACGAUAUGACGAGACUUGACGGGCUUUGAAUUUUCUUUUUAAAGGGACAGUUCGCCCCCCCAAAAAUGAAGAAUCUUUGAUUACCUGGUUGCCCUCCUGUCAGGAGAACCCUGGAUUAGACUUCCAUACAACACCGGAGGAGUAAGCGAACAACAUGCCGGAGCAGCUUUCUUUCUUCCGUCCGUCCAUCCGUCCGUUAUCCGAACCGCUUGUCCCGCUCUCGGGGGUGGCGGGGAUGCUGGAGCCUAUCCCAG